CUGAUUCUGUGUUUUGGGCCGCAGGACUCAGCUGGAGGAGGUCCGAUCAGAGAACGCAGCGCUCCAGGAGAGACUCGGCGCCCUGCAGCAGGAAGUCCGCAAGAUGGAGGACGAGGUUACCAAGAAGAGGAGGAAACUGGAGGAGAUGGAGCGAGAACACGAGAGAAGCAGAGAAGAAGAAGAGCGGCUGCACAGAGAGAACUCCAGAUAUCGCGAGGAGGUUCUGGACCUGAGCAGCAGGAACCUGCAGCUGAGCACCGACAACGCUGAGCUCAGCACCCGUCUCCGUGGAGACCAGGAAUCCGUCCGUAUGCUGCACGAGCGCCUAGCGACGGUUUCUAAGGAGCAGGAGGAGGAGCAUGUGGCGGUGCGGCAGCUGCAGGACGCAGCGCUGCAGCACGAGCGGGAGAAGCUGCAGCUGCAGGCGUCCUGGACACAGGAGAAGCAGCUGCUGGAGGCGGAGCUUAGCGCCUCCAAGGAGAAGGUAGGAGGUUCUGAAUUAAAACUGCAGGAUCCCAGCUCAGAGAGCGAGCGAACACCAAGCUCAUUCAGCCCAGUGUGA